AUGGAGUCUGAAACCCCUGAUCUUCCAGUCGCCGACGAGCAUGUGAGGACCAUCGGUGCAAGCUUAUCGACGGAUGAGAAAUCGGAAGGAUCAAGCCAGAGUGAGGCCGCUGUGGGGAUUCGACUCACGGACGUGUACGAGAGAGUCACCGACCACAUUGCGAACUUCCAGGCCACAAGAAGGGACAUCAUCCGAGCGACGCGGUGCUACGAAGCCUUAAAGGGCGUCGGCCUUGCUUUUCGGUUCCCGAAAGCCGCACAUUACCACAGGAGCUUCCCGACAGACAGGAUCCAAGAAUUUUGGUCUCACUCCUGGCAUGGAAACAGGCUGCGGAAGAUUUCCACAAUGAUGGUGCAGAAUAAUGGCCUGGCCGCAAUCUCUUUGGGAUCGUUGGUUUCUUAUCUUCUUGCCGGUCUUUUUGUCGGUGGCUUUCUGCCUGGCUAUGAAAGCGCACCCUUCCUUAGGCUGGGAAGGACCUCCUACUUGUUCUGCAUUUGGGGACUGGUAGGUGGUACUCUCACCGCAGUAGUGACCAUAUUCGGCUGGCAUCGGCGUACCCUGGUCUUCGUCGAUUCGAUUUGCAUCAACCAAUCAGAUUCCAGUUUGAAGGUCGAAGCACUGCUAAGCAUGGGCGCUUUCCUGCAGAGCUCUGAAUCCUUAUGCGUCUGGUGGGAUGAAACGUUUGCUCAAAGGCUUUGGUGCGUGUUUGAGGUCGGAGCCUACCUCGGCAGCUGCCAAGCCUCAGCCGGGCGCAGCAAGAGAUUGGUCAUUCGGCCGACGGUGCUUGGAACGAACUCCGCAACUGCGUUUCUUGGUACAUUUCUACUUGCACUUGGCUUUGUGGCCAGUCCCUUUGACGACCUUCUGCUUGGUUGGAUGAUUUUCACUGUCCUUGGCAUCAUUUGUUGUCACUUGGCUGUCCGUUCUUUGCGGGGCUACUUCGCAGCUGUGGAGAGCAUGCUUGUCCAGCUGCGCAAGUUUCGCAUCCAAGACGCCCAGUGCGAAUGCUGCAGCGAGGGUCACCCAGCGGGGAACUCCGUCCCUUGCGACCGUGAAGUCAUCACCCUUUGCAUUCGCAAAUGGUUUGGUUCUGAGUCUGCCUUCGAGAGGUUGGUCACUACCGAUGUGUCCAUCGCUUUGGCCAGCGCUCUCGGUGAUACAUCAUUCUCCUACGUGUGGCUCUUGAUGAUAUCUGCUCCGUUGCAUUGGGUGCAUGUGGAUCAGGUGGCUACACGCUUGCAUUCACAGGACAGGGAGGCUGCAGUUGUAACGACCAUCAUCAACUUGACCUACUAUUUCCUGGCCUUCCCUUUAGUCGGACGCCUUGGGAUUGUCCUGGCAUGCAAGGCUCGGCGCCGACGUCAGCAACUUUGGGCCAAUGAGCUUAUGACAUGUGCAGUGUACCUUGCCAUUUUUCCGGUGGGCACGGCCCUUCUUGCCAUGCAGACGGUGCUGACGCAAGUCAUGGACCCGGUCGCCGGAGCCGGCAUCUUUGCCGCGAUCAACUUGAUCAUGCUUGUGGUUCUUCUCCGACAAUGUUCGCAGAUGUCACUUCUCACGCAUGACGUGCGGGAGAUAUCCUAA